AUGGCUCGAUCAAUGGUUUGUCGUGGUAUGUUACUUGCGAUGCUCGUAUUAUUUAUGCUAAUGGCAUUUGGUGAGGCGACUGCACGUUUAAACACUAACAAGCCUAAGGAAGUUACUUGCAAAGACAAGGUAUACAAAAAAUGUUAUAACACGGUGCAUGUUUGUCCCAAGUCUUGUCCUGAUGGCUGCACUGUUAAUUGUGCCUCAUGCAAACCAAUUUGUCUCGGCUCCACUACACCAUGGCCAUCACCUCCGUCACUAUCACCACCACCACCAACAUACUCACCACCUCCAACACCAUACUCACCUCCUAGAUACUCGCCCCCUACAUACUCACCCCCUACAUACUCGCCACCUGACUACUCGCCCCCUAACUACACACCACCUGAUUACUCACCACCAGACUACUCGCCACCUGACUACUCACCCCCUACAUACUCACCACCUGACUACUCACCACCUAACUACACACCACCUGAUUACUCACCACCUGACUACUCGCCCCCUACAUACUCACCACCUGACUACUCGCCCCCUACAUACUCGCCACCAGACUACUCACCUCCUGACUACUCGCCCCCUGACUACUCAUACUCACCACCUGACUACUGA